AAAUGGCUCAGAGUAUCCGCGGUGGAAACCGACCUAAACACUGGUCUGGGAACUGAUAAACAAACACAACAAAGCGCGGUGCGUAAAAGCUCUCCACGGCGCAGGUUCCUGUGCCAGUUGUCCAAGAAGCCAAGAAGACUCCGACUGGUUUUUUUUUUCCUUUUCUUUUUUUGGUUGUUUAUUUUUGUGUGUGUGUGUGAAAAACGAGGAUAUCUUAAUUGGACAUGUGAGUUACGGGAGUUAACAAGACAAGCAGCCUUUUUACAAAGAUGAAGUUCCCCGCCUGCGUCCUAGUCACUUUGGUGGUGAUCCGAUCGAGUGCAGCACAGUCAGUUUGUCCUGGAACCGAGAACAAGCUGAGCACCCUGUCUGACCUGGACCAGCAGUACCGCACCCUCAAGAAGCUCUACGAGAACUGUGAAGUUGUCAUGGGCAAUUUGGAGAUUACCAGCAUUGAUCGAAACCGCAACCUCUCCUUCCUCAAGUCAAUCAGAGAAGUGACCGGCUACGUGUUGGUGGCUCUCAACCAGUUCGACUACCUGCCGCUGGAGAAUCUACGGAUCAUCCGCGGCACCAAACUGUACGAGGAACGCUAUUCUUUGGCCAUCUUCCUCAACUACAGGAGGGACGGGUACUACGGCCUGAGGCAGCUGGGCCUGCGCAACCUCACAGAGAUACUGAAUGGGGGUGUCUACGUUGACCAGAACAAAUUCUUGUGCCAUGCGGACACCAUUCAUUGGCGUGACAUUAUCAAGAACCCCCAGGCUGAACUGCUGGUGGUACCAUCCAACAACAGCAACCUCGGAUGCAGACGCUGUCAUCGCUCAUGUAAUGGACGCUGCUGGGGCCAUCAGGAAGACCAGUGUCAAACCUUGACAAAGACGGUGUGUGCAGAGCAGUGUGACGGUCGAUGCUUCGGGCCUUACGUCAGCGACUGCUGCCAUCGCGAGUGCGCCGGCGGCUGCUCGGGCCCCAAGGACACAGACUGCUUUGCUUGCACCAAUUUCAACGACAGCGGAGCAUGUGUGACCCAGUGCCCACAGCCGUUCGUGUACAACCCCACGUCUUUUCAGUUAGAGCACAACCCCAGAGCCAAGUACACCUACGGAGCCUUUUGUGUCAAGAAAUGUCCACAUAAUUUCGUGGUGGACCACAGCUCCUGUGUCAGAGCGUGUCCCAGCAACAAGAUGGAAGUGGAGGAGAACCGCAUCAAAAUGUGCAUCCCCUGUACCGACAUCUGUCCUAAAGUGUGUGAUGGCAUUGGGACGGGCAGCCUGCAAACAGCUCAAACAGUGGAUGCCAGCAACAUUGAAAAAUUUGUCAACUGCACCAAAAUCAAUGGCAACCUCGUGUUCCUCAUUACUGGUAUUAAAGGGGACAUGUAUCAUGGUAUUGGACCUAUGGACCCAGAGCGUCUUAAUGUGUUCCGCACUGUGAAAGAGAUCACAGGUUAUCUCAACAUCCAGUCUUGGCCUGAAAACAUGACAGAUCUGAGUGUUUUUUCGAACCUGGCAACUAUUGGAGGUAGAUCUCUUUACAGUGGAAGCGGCAUUUCUCUAUUGAUCUUGAAGCAGCGUUGGAUUUCCUCGCUUCAGUUUCAGUCAUUGGACGAGAUCAGCGCCGGAAACGUAUACAUCUUCAACAACAGCCACCUGUGCUUCUACAACACUGUAAACUGGACGUCUCUCUUCAGGACGCCGAGCCAGAAAGUCCUGGUCCGCAACAACCGAGAUCCGAAGGAAUGCACUCAGCAGCGAAUGGUGUGUGAUCAGAUGUGUUCGGAUGACGGGUGCUGGGGCCCGGGGGCCGACCAGUGUCUUUCCUGCCGAUAUUUCAGACGAGGCCGCAUCUGUGUUGAGUCUUGCAACCUCUUUGAUGGGGAAGUGCGUGAAUUUGCCAAUGGAUCUGUGUGCCUGGAGUGUGAUAGCCAGUGUGAGAAGAUGGAUGGAAACACCAUGACAUGUCUUGGCCAGGGCCCGGACCAAUGUGUAAAAUGCCUCCACUUCAAAGAUGGACCCAACUGUGUGGAGAAGUGCCCUGAUGGUUUGCAAGGGGCCAACAGUUUCAUCUUCAAGUACGCCAAGGCCAACAACGAGUGCCAUCCUUGCCAUGCCAACUGCACCCAGGGGUGCGUCGGGCCAAGACUCCAAGAUUGUGUUGGGAUGAUGGACAGGACACCGCUAAUAGCAGCUGGCAUUAUCGGCGGCCUAUUCAUCAUCGUCAUCCUGGCACUCAGCGUGGCCGUUUAUGUUCGGCGCAAAAGCAUCAAGAAGAAGAGGGCCUUGCGACGCUUCCUGGAGACGGAGCUGGUGGAGCCACUGACCCCCAGCGGAACGGCCCCUAACCAGGCUCAGCUGCGGAUCCUGAAAGAAACAGAGCUGAAGAGGGUCAAGAUUCUGGGAUCGGGGGCUUUUGGAACAGUCUACAAGGGCAUCUGGGUCCCAGAGGGCGAGACAGUGAAGAUCCCUGUGGCCAUAAAAAUCCUCAACGAGACCACCGGCCCUAAAGCCAACGUGGAGUUCAUGGACGAGGCCCUGAUCAUGGCCAGCAUGGAGCACCCCCACCUGGUGCGUCUGCUGGGCGUCUGCCUGAGCCCCACCAUUCAGCUGGUCACCCAGCUCAUGCCCCACGGCUGCCUCCUUGACUAUGUGCACGAGCACAAGGACAACAUCGGAUCGCAGCUGCUGCUCAACUGGUGUGUCCAAAUCGCCAAGUCGCCAGACAAGGGAAAUCCUCCAAUCAUCACGCAGUAUCACAAGGGGAUGAUGUACCUGGAGGAGAGGAGGCUGGUCCACAGGGACCUGGCGGCCCGGAACGUGCUGGUGAAGUCGCCCAAUCAUAUCAAGAUCACCGACUUCGGCCUGGCACGGCUGCUGGACGCUGAUGAGAAGGAGUACAACGCAGACGGGGGCAAGGUUGGUAUGCCCGUUAAAUGGAUGGCUCUGGAAUGCAUCCACUACAGGAAGUUCACCCAUCAGAGUGACGUGUGGAGUUAUGGAGUGACCAUCUGGGAGCUGAUGACAUUCGGAGGCAAACCGUACGACGGCAUCCCCACGCGAGAAAUCCCAGACAUUCUGGAGAAAGGGGAGCGUCUGCCCCAGCCUCCCAUUUGCACCAUCGAUGUCUACAUGGUCAUGGUCAAAUGCUGGAUGAUUGACGCGGACAGCAGGCCAAAGUUCAAGGAGCUGGCUGCUGAGUUCUGCAGAAUGGCCCGUGACCCCCAGCGGUACCUGGUCAUCCAGGGAGACGACCGCAUGAAGCUUCCGAGCCCCAAUGAUAGCAAGUUCUUCCAGAGCCUUCUGGACGAAGAGGACCUGGAUGACUUGAUGGAUGCUGAGGAGUAUCUGGUGCCUCGAGGUUUUAACGCAGCUCCUCUGUCAUACACAACCAGGCCCCGGGUGGACUCCAACAGAAACCAGUUUGGCUAUCGAGAUGGUGGUCCAAACCCUGCAGAGGGCUCUGUGGCAAGUUCCCAAGCCUGUAUGAACCAGGAAGCCACAGGCGGUGGACCAGUUCCGGCCCUGGAGGACCAACGCUGUAAUGGGAGCCUGCAUAAGAAAAGCUUGAGCCAGGCUGGGGCAGAGGACAGUGUUGGCCAGAGGUACAGCGCUGACCCCACCAUCUUCCUGGGGGAGAGGGCGUCCAGAGGGGACACUGAUGAGGAUGGAUACAUGACACCCAUGAAGGACAAGACCUCCUCAGAAUACCUAAAUCCCAUUGAGGAAAACCCGUUUGUCUCACGACGUAAAAAUGGUGAGAUCCACGCCUUGGAUAACCCAGGCUACCACAGCACACCCAACAGCCAGCCCAAAGGAGAGGAUGAAUACAUCAACGAGCCGCUCUACCUCAACACCUUCCACAGCCCUGCUGAGCUGGGCCUGGAAGCCCUGAGGAGAAAUGGUCUACCCCUACCCACCCAUCCUCCUUCUUCGAUCUCAGCCACAACUUCAGGCUCCCACCUCCCGCUUACCAUCCAGACCAGCCUGCCCCACUACCCCCUCCCCUUGGCCCAGCCUUCUCCAUCUGGCAUGCCUUGCCACCAUGGCCCACCAACCCACAUCCUCCACACCCACCACACCAUCAAACCUGCAGGACAACCUGGCAAUCCAGGUGGCAACUCCGCCAGCCAGAGCCAAACAGGAACUACUGCCCAAGCCCAGGUGUGUCAGUCAGGUGCCCUGUCCACUUCGGCCACCAUUGGGCACGGCAGCCUGCCAGCCUACCAGAGCCACGCCACCACGCACCCCGCCAGCUUGCUGAAGCAUGGUGGGCUGACAUCAGGGAAAGUCAGUGGGAAGAAGCUGAAGGUGACCUUUGACAAUCCAGAAUACUGGCAGCACAGCUUGCCUCCAAAAUCAUCUAACCAGGCAGCCCCUGACGGCGCCCAGGGAGGUUCCACCAACGCCAAGCUCUUCUAUAAGCAGAACGGACACAUACGGCCGGUUGUAGCUGAAAACCCUGAAUACAUGUCUGAGUUUUCCCUGAAAUCUGGCACCGUCUUGCCACCUCCACCCUACCGGCAGCGGAACACUGUGGUCUAGAUUGUUCCACUUGACAAACGUUCCUCAAUCAGACUCUAGCCUCCAGCAACCCAGACAUCCUCUCCGGUUCCACUGUUCCACACAGAGGGGUGCAGCCACAACCAGAACCGCCCCCUAACUCUUUCCAAAUAAUGUGCCAUCUGCUGUAGACUGUAGCAACAUCAGAAGGAGGUGGACCGAACAGAACCAAGCAGACCCAACUCAGACUCACGCACCUUCAAUCCAAUCCAGUCCAUUUCUGUUCUGUAGAUAGAGACUGCGCUCCAUGUCACUGAGAAUGUGAACGUUAUGGUAGUUUUCGGCCAACAACGGACACAUGAUUGUUGCACAGCAGUGGAAGUACCAUGUUGUCCCAGUGAGGUAGACCAGAACGACGUCAGACAAGAUGGAUUUGACUUAGGGGACCUGAACUCACUGCCAGCCACUGCGGUGUCAGAUUCAUGAGAGGAACGAGAUGUUUUAGUAUAUUUUGUUUUCCGGUAAAAAAGGUCUGCGGAUCCAAGGAACAAAACCCUUCUGAGGGUUUCUGAAAUAGGCAAACAGAAGGCGCAAAUGUCGUUUGAUGUCAAGAUGUCUUGUUAUGUGAAUGACCUUGUAGAAUGAAACGAAACAGAAAAAUAUGGAGGAAUGUUUAAGGUUUAGUCAGGAGAGUGGCUUCCACUAACAUAAAAGACGGAGCACUGAAGGCUAAUCAAUCAUAUUCAAAUCGUUUUGCCUAUGGGAUUAUACUGGACAUUUUCAAAUUUUUCAUCAAAAAUGUCAAACUCAUCUUAUCUUUCUACUGUAACUGUGAUACUGUGAUGGCAAAAACUACAGUGAUCCCUCCUUUCACAUUUGUAGUUCAACCAUGAACUGUUGAACUUGCCUGAAAACACACAGGCCAGAUGCUGUUUUGUUGAUUUUGCUUUACUGCUGUCUACUUGGAAAAGCUGAUCAAAACCAGCUUUUUCCAAGUUAAAGGGAAAAAAUACACUUUAAACAUUUUUAUAAACACUGGUUGCAGUGCUGAGAAGAUGGAUUUUUAUACACUGGUUUUCCCUUUCAUAUCAUGAAGCUAACUUAAAUGAGUUAAGAGCGUCUUGCCAUAAGAGUGGGAGGACAUUUGGGGAAAUUGCUGUAUAUGUGGAAUAGUGUGAUGAGACCAAUCAUAAAGCAGCUGAACUCAAAAUGGUGAUCAUAGAGACAGAGAAUGAGGGAGAGAGCAAAAGAAGGAAAAACAGAGAGGGGAGGGAAAGUUCAUGCAAGCUGACUAAUGAAGACCUCAAGGAAUGAACAAGACAGCACCAGCAAAGCACAGUAAAAACAGACUACUCUGUGUGUGUGUGUGUGUGUGUGUGUCUGUGUCUGUGUCUGUGUUUAUGUCAGUGUGAAUGUUCGUGUUCACAUACAAGCGAGCCAGUUUGGCCUCACAGGAAUAUCUGUGGUAAAAAGAAGUCGGUGAUGACAUGCUGUCAACCUUCAGUACCACUGCUAACCAAUACUGCACUGUACUGGUGUGACCUCAAACAAGGCUUCCACCAUGCAACUGUAGUCAAGUAGAAAUCACUAUAUUUUUAAUGUCACCAGUUUGAAUACAAAGCUUAUUGAGUGGCCCAACAGGACAUGGGCACUGUGUUCCUGCAGCCAAUCUUUAUGUAAUCUGUUGUUGAUUAAUCAGUGGCACAUUGUAAAUCAACAGCCUGUUGCAAAGCCUGACCAUAAUGAUUUAUUUGGCUUGGUUCCGAGGUAGCAAAGAAGACCCAAACCAUUUUAAACCAUUACAUUAUUCAACAAAGAUCAAGACUGCAUAUGUGUUCUCAUUAGGGUGACUUGUAAUCUAAAGUUAGUAGCAGUAGUGCUACCCGCAGUCAUAGCUCUAUAAACUACUAACCUAUUGACCUUGUCUUCUAUAAAUUACAUUCAUAUACAACUAAUAGCUUCCAAGUAGUUUUUUAUCAACAUAAUGAAGAAAUGAGUAAAAUGCUCACCAACAACAUAUUUUUUCCAGCAAAAUAUCCAAUAUCUACUCAUAGCAACUAUGUACAGUGAUUUAAAACUUUAUUAUUUUUAAAUGAAGGUACACAGCCCUAUUAAUAUUUAACCAUAACCAACUUCUUUUACUAACCUUUCUGUUGCAUAAACAUAACCCUAUUGAAGAUACAAACUCUGGUCUCUAACUUCUUAAUUUUAUCUGAAGUAUCCCGACCUAGUUUUACUCCUGAGAACACCAAUAGAGCACUGAUUGCCCCUUUACUCUAGAGAAUCGCUCUGACCCUCACUACUGAUGCCUCUGCAGGCAUACUGCCAGUCAAUGCUGCUAAAAGCGCUGGUGUUACAGCCAUUAUUUCUUUCACCAAGCCAUAUGGAACACCUUUGGGUGGGAAAACACCACAAAGCUUGCCAAACUUAGAAGAUCAAGGCGAACAUUUUGUAAUGAUGGUUCGCCUCAGAGGCCCUCUUGCAAUAUCUCACUAGAAUCACAUCUUAGUCCAAUCAAUAUGAACGAAAUCUUGUAGUUCCUGAACCUUUGGCAAGUUUUCCCAGCCAUUAUCUGUGGAACAUGAACAUUAUUGCUUUGUCAUUGUUUUUAACAGCUUUUGAUCAUUCUGCGGCUGUUUUCUUGUGUAGGGUGUUUAUUUGGUGUAUUUUAAUGUCUGUGUGUGUGUUUGUGUGAAAGUGUUCGUCUGAGUGAGCUUGUAUAUGUUUGUCCUCCCCAUGGAGCACUUUGAUCAAACCCGUGGGUAGAAAGAAAGGAUUUCCACCCUUCGUUACUGAAAUAUUCAACUUGUUUAUCUGGUCGUUUACCACUUCAGAAAGAAAAAGCUUUAGUAAAGGAAGGUACUGCGGCCAGGAGUUCACGAAGAAAACACAUUUUAGGAGGUGCUGUCCAGCUUCAAGAAUGUCCUUGUUUCCAAGUUUUAUGUUUGCUUCAAACAGUAUGUAUAAUGCUGCUUUGAUGAUAUCAUGACUAUUUGAUGAAGGAGUAUUUUGUAGUCCCUUUUGGAGCUCUAAUUCAAUGAAAUAGAGACAGCAUUUAAUAUCAAUGUGAAAUAUUUAUAGCGCAUUUGAGCUUGUUUAUAGAGAGCGAUGGAAGAGUCUGCCAAAUCUGGGUUUCAAGAAGAAGAAGAAAAAAAAAAGAAAUGCGCAAUGGUGGUGAAAAGAAAUACACAUGCAUUGAUUUCUCUCUUGUUUGGCCUAAAUUAUACUGCAGACCCAGGCAAAAUAUGUGUUUGAAUCAAGAAUAGAUUAGACUGAAACACUGAUGAGACGACUGGCCUCGCAUGUUCUCGAGAGCACUUCGGAGUAUCCCAGAGACACUCAGCAACCCUCCACUUUUAAUAGAAUCUUCUCAAGAGUUUAUUGCCACAAAAGGUAGAAAAACAUUCCUGAGCGUCAAGACACACAUUUGUCAAGUAUUGUUUUUGUCAUCUAAAGACCUUGGUUAUCUUUCUAAAGUACCACAAUUUGUUUUCCUUCUAAAGAAGCGACCAUUUUCUCCCUCUCUAUUAAUAUUCUUGUUUCAAACAUAUUUUGCCUUGGCAUUGACCUGUGUGUCAUGCUGCUACUUGUCUCAACCCUAAACACUCUUGUGGCUCAGAACGCACCAUGGCAACAUGACUGAUCACUUUUUCUUAUUUUUUACUCUUUACUGUUUCCUCUCCAAGCCAAGGUGCAGAGGCAUGUAGCCAUGUUGUACUGAAGUGAAUCCUUAAAUAUUUCAUUCUCAGCAGACACCCACUUUAUAGGCUGCGAUAGAGUCUAAUGUAUAGUACAAUAUCACCUUGCAUGGUACCAAAAGUGAGUGUUUUACUGCCCUCCACCUUUGUAUCUCUUCAUUGAUGACAAUAUUAUAUUCAAAUGUCUGUCCAGGGAGUGAGACAGCGUGGAGGAAAUAACCUGAUUUUUUUACUGAAUUCAGUAGCACAAACUGGCAGACCUUAUUUCUGAAAUCUUUCAUGGUAUUUUUCGUGUAUAGUACCCUAUAUAGUCUUUUAAUAUUGAGUUUUAUUUUUUCCAUAUUAUCAAGGAUGUUUUUCCUCAAGGAAAAAGACUUGAAUCUAUAUGUUUUUUUUCCACUAUUUUUGUGUCGAUUACUGUACAAUAUUUAACAUGUUUGUCAUUGUAGCUGCAAAUUUUUUGUUGUUCUUAAUUGCACAAAUCAUCGCCUAUGAGUGGAGGUCAUUCAUUCUCUGUGUUCAAAUUAUCAGUUCAGUAUAAAUGUACAGAAUCUUUGGGGUUUCCUCCAAAACUUAUCUAACACACUUCAACAACAAAUGUGAAUAGUAUUUUUAUAAAGCACUGAAAUGGCCGAUGUGGUGAAUUUGUAAAUAAGAAGGCGACGCUUUGAAUUUAUAUGGUCUUGUCUCCUACUGCUGUUUUCUCCUGCUUAUAACAACUUGUACAAAAAAGAGCCGUACAUAUUUGCUUUAUGUAAGUGUACCUUUUGACUAAUGGGAGUUUGAUUUUCAAAGUGCUUGUUGAGCCUUUCUCAUGUGAAAACUCUUGUUUGGUGGCCCUUUUUCCAGAGCUUUGUGGCUGUCCUCAUGUAAUGUUUCAGUUAAUGUAAAAGUGGUGAUGGUGGGUAUAGCGGUGGGAAGGGGCGGGCUGUUCAAUCCACCUUGUAUCUCUGUUUGGCUUCCCCAUGCCUGCCAUGUUUCAUUCACUCAGUAUUGAGAACACCCCAGAACAAGCGAGUAAUACCUUAUUUUCCCUCUUUAUCUCUUCCUCUUUCUAAUUCCCAUAAAACUGAAACCAGUGCUGCCAGCCACCCCAGAUAACAUUCUCCGUUACUUUCUACUGGAAAAAUUACUGAGCCAAGUCUGACCUCCUCCACCCUGAAAGGCAGAGCACAGCCUUCACGGUACAACCCGUUUUUCAGCUCAUUUCAGAUUUGUUUUGCAUGCUUUUAGAGGAGACAUAGUAGAGAAAAGGCGUUUUCAGUAUCCCCUCCUCGCCUACGUUAGCUUUCCAUACUUCCCUCAUUGUCCAAGUUAUUUGAAACCACACCCAAAGCUUUAUAUCAUAGAAAUACCGUUCCUCAUGUUUGUUACAUGAAUCUGUCAAAAGUAUAUUUUUAAUUUAAUAUAAAUAAAGAUUGAUUCAGUA